AUGGUGCGCGAAAACGGCUGGCCGGAAACUGGAGAAACGGCGCUGCGCUCCUCGAUUCCAUCGCAAGUCGCCGAGUUGGGCAAGGAAUGCCCGCUGAGACGCGCGCUUUUGUUGAGACAUGUCGGCAAUUAUACGUUUGCGACGAAAGAUCCGCAGACGGAGCGUGAUACUUCAGUCCAAGCGCGAUUCCAGAGGAUGAGAGAAGAAUAUGAUGUGGUUGGAAUGAGGCGGUCGGUUGAAGCGGUCAUUGUUGUCCAUGAACACUCGCUACCGCACAUUCUACUCCUGCAGAUCGGCACAUCCUUCUAUAAACUGCCUGGCGGAGAGCUGGAGCAAGGCGAAGACGAGCGCAAGGGAUUGUCUCGCCUUUUGGACGAGGCGCUCGGAAACCCUGAGGGUGAUAAGACUGAAUGGAAGAUCGAGGACGAGAUCAGCAACUGGUGGAGGCCGAAUUUUGACCCACCUCGGUACCCAUACAUCCCUGCUCAUUGCACGAAACCAAAGGAGCAGAUCAAGUUGCUCCUCGUUCAGUUGCCAGAAAAAGCCACCUUUUCCGUGCCGAGGAACUAUAAACUGAUCGCGGUGCCGCUUUACGAGCUCUACGACAAUUCUACAUGCUACGGGCCACUUAUAUCUAGUCUACCCACAACCCUUUCCAGGUUCAACUUUGUCUACUCUUCA